AUGGCUUCGCACAAGCCGAGCGUCUCUACGCUCCCACGCGACUUCAAGUUCUCCCACAACGACACCGAAACACCACAAACACCAGCCAGACCUUCUACUGCCGUUGACUCUUUCGAUCUCGAAGCGUCUGCGCUGCCUAAGCAGACGUUCAAGCUGCGUCGUCGCCCACGCGAUCAGCAGACUGGAGCAAUGGACGAAGCCNCCAUUGUGCCCAGUAUCGAGAUGACCGAAGUGAAUGAGCCGGCUCACCACACUUCCACUUACACCAUGUCGACUCCUGGAUACCUCGCGCCACGUGCUGGACACCUCCGCCUCACAUCACCACCUAAGACACCUGCCUCGCAGGUGACGUCCUACAACGUUGAAACGAUGGAUGCCACCGAAUGGUCUAUGUUCCAUCCCAUCCACCUCCAUGACAUAAUCCAGCGACCGUCUUCAGCUCUCUCGACCUUCUCCGACUCGUCCGCGACAUCUCAAGGAAGCAGCUUUGACUCAAAAUCAUCAUUCGAUGCAGGAAGCUGCACGAGUCCUGAGAGCGACAUUGGCGAUCCCUUUGCCUUCUUCGAACGCAAGUCCGGAGCACCAGGAUCAAACACUCCUUCCAGCGGAUUUCCCAAUGCUAAGCGUGUCAAGACGAUGCGCCAUCCCCACUUCACUCCCGAGAUGGACAACCAUCUCUGGUUCACAUACAUGAGCUACGUCCAGGAUCCGAGGGUCACUCCGUUUAAGAUGCUACCUGGCACCUCACCACCCCUGGGCGUCUGUCAUCGUGUCGCGCGCGAAGCCAAGUCGACCUGGAGAUCUAACCGCCCAUCUUGUGCUCCUCAUGGAAUUCCACGCAUCUCGAUCCAGUGUCCAGAGUCGUCCGAUCCUGUCAGCCCGUCUGAUGCCAUGGACCAGUCAACGCCCACUGCAGCAUACUCGCACAACCCUGUCGCACUUAAGUGGCCGCGUUCGGAGGGUGCCACGCGUCGACGUCUGCGUGAAUUGUGUAAGCGCAAGCCUUCUCUCUCUGCUCAUUACUUGAGGCUUCUGCGCACUCGCAGCCCCUCUCCCUUCGAGUCUUCGAGCAGUGUCAGUGCUAGUAGCAGUCCCAACCAGCCGCCUGCCCCUGUCGCUCAGCCUCCUACCCCUCAACCUUCCUCAUUCUCCAGUCGCAGUAUGAACGUUUCGCUGGCUGAAGCAACGGCUCCUUCGAUGCAGCCAGAUGGUCCGCUUGCACAACUUCACAAGCGUACCCCUCAGCCCCCAAUGGCUCCUCAGCAGCGUCGUGGGUCCGAUUGGUAUGCGCGCAUCGGACGUUCAGGAGCACGUGCUGCUCACCAGAAGAGUCAAUCUUUGCAGCUCGGCUUAGGCUUGGGCAGUUCGUCUGGCAUGCAGUCAAAUUCUUUCGAGCGUGGCAGCAUCCUGGCCUCGCCGUUCGAUGACAGCGAGCCAUCGCGUCAAAACUUCUUGGAAAACAUGAGCAAGACACAAUCGCUUGGACGUGCCUUUUUGAACAACAACCCCAACCGCUUGACAGACGCUGGUCCUUCGUUGCGUUCACCCUUCCCACUCGACGGUCCUAUGCCAAGUGUCAAGUCCCUGAAGCGCAGAUUUGGUGUUGAUGAUCAAUCCUCUUUCCAACAACCAUCACUUGAGGAUGUCUUUACCGCUCCUCCCGCAUCCUCCAAUCACCCCAUGCGCAAUCGUGGCUUCAGUCUGAGCGCUGUCAACGGCGUGGCUCAGAACGCCAACAAUAGCUUUCCCCAGCUGUUUGCGCCUGCAGCAUCGACAGCCGAUCACAACAUGGGCGAAGCUUCAAACAGCCUCAAUCCACCAAAGCUCGCACAGCCUCCUAGACUUGGCUCUCCUUUCUCUGCUGGUGUUUCAAACAAUCGCUUCAACACUUUCCCUCGCCGUUUCACUCCACGCGAAGCGGGACUGGCCGAACAACCCUUUGAGGAGCGCAAAAUGUCCGCAGAUUCCCAGACUGAUUCAUGA